UCAAUGGGAACCUUUAUCGGUCAUGUGUACCCGGGGCUGUUUCUAUUUUCAUACGGACUGUAUCAGGCAAUAGUGGUCUCCAAAGCUGUGAUAUUCAAUGACUCUCGCCCGAAUCCUUCAUGUCCUCCAAGAAAUAAGGGAAGAUGGGCCAAGCUGUGGGAAAUAUCCUACCGAGGUUUGUUGAAAAUUGUGACCGGCUCCAUCUUGAUAGCUUAUGAGAACAGUUGCAUCAAAGGAGGGUUGGUCCUGAUGAACAGGGAACUGCCACCAAGAUUUAUGCUCCCCAAACAGUGGCAGCACCUCACCAUGUUCAUCCUCCUCGCCCUCAAUGGCUGUGUCGAUGUCACGAGCAAGAACUUGCUGCCUCAGAGGUGUGUGCUCCUAGAAAAAGGUGCCCUGGUCCUGAUCUUCUACGUGCUCCUGAUGCUGUUGGUGUCACAUGUUCAAGAUUCGACAGGGGUGGAGCUGCAGGUUCAUUCUCUACUCAUCUUGGUGGUGUUCCUGCUCAUGCUGGUGUUCACUGUUGAGCUGUGGGCUCCCAACGCAUUUCACCUCUCAAUGAUUGAGACCUUUCUGUUUCUGAUGAUGGGCUCCUGGCUGAUGCAGGCAGGCUUUAUUCUGUACAGACCAGUCACCGGCUACCCAUGGCAGGAUGAUGACAUCAGUGACAUCAUGUUUGUCACCACCUUCUUCUGCUGGCAUGUGAUGAUCAAUGCUUUGUGCCUGUUAGGAAUCUAUGGUGUUUUUUCCUUUUGGCAUCAUUGUUACAGUCCCAGGUCGAAGCUGACAGGAUCCAAAAAAGCUCCAUAUUAUGCAAACACUGAAGGACCCGACUACCACUUGCUGCCAGAAGUGGAGCAGUCAGAGAAAGAUGACCAGGCUCUUCUCCUCCCAGACAGCUCACCGUGAGAUAGGGCCCAGGAUACCUGGCACAUUGUCCAUCCCUUCUUCUUCCUUGUAGGUUCUCUCAGACGUGUGCAUUGUGUCCUCUUUGGUCUCCAAUGAAGGUAAUGGCCAUGGAGAGCAUUUGGUCUCCGUCUGCUGGUACAUCUCCUGAACUUGUAAUUGCUGAGGAAAUGAGACGGGGCUGAGAAAGGGAUGCUGAAUAGAUUGGUGAGGUGGGGGAAAGAGGACCACGUAAAUAGAUAAAUGUGCAAGAAAAGCCAUGGGGAUUAAAAAUGCAAUAAAAGGGAAGCCUUUGAAGGGAAGAGAGGGGAGUCCAGCAGUCAUUCCAUCUACCAGCUACUUCUCUGGGUACAAGUGAUUGCCUUUUACGUGAGGGAGUAAUGAUUUCUUACAAUUCAAAACUGAAAUCAUUCAUGUCUCAUCCUGAUAAAGAAUAGUGGGUAUUUCUGUUUGCUCACCAAAAUGGCUCUACCACGUGGAGCUGGCAUCAACAGAACUGUUGUCUCCUCUCAAAGAAAGCCCUUUAAGGAUUGGGUUAAUUUCAAAUUAAUAAAGUGAAACUAUACUACUGCUUUAAUAUAGUAACAUUUCAAAUUUGUACAACUGAAAUUUUUAUAGAAUCCAAAUGUUCAGUGUUUUCCUAACUUCAUAUUUUAUUAGUCCUAUUCCAGACAAAGCUUACAUAGUUCACCACUACCACCUUAGCACAUGUAAUUUACUAGAUCCUAUCCAUGCAUGUUGGCAAAAUUUCAGUCCUUUCUAUUUCACAGAAAGCCAUCCCGCAAUCACAU